AAGUAGCCAGAGUUACUGUGUGGGGAAAGAGCCAGAAGGACGUCACGAAGGCAGGGACAUCUCUGCAAAGCUAGGGUAACUUCUGGAAUUCCUUAAUUAAAAGAAGCUACAUGAAAGGCCCCAGAACUGCCUCCAUCGUGGUUUUCCGUUGGACCUCCUUCUCAGGAAAUGGGUCUGAGCUACUCCAAGGCUCACCCUCGGGUGACUAAAGUAGCACCUUUUCAAAGCAAAGAAGCAGAGACCCCUUCCGCCGGCCCUCUGAGCUUUGCAGUUCAUCAGAACCCGGAAGAAGAGAAUUUGUAUUUGUUCACAAGACUGCAGGACCAGAACAGAGCUUUGGAAGGUCAGCUACCUCCUCUUCGAGGAAACUGGUACGGACGGUACUCUGCAGCACCCAGGGACAUGUAUUUUGACAUUCCUCUGGAACCUGGAGAAACAAGUAUUAUUAAAAGGCAUCCACCACGAAGACUUCAAAAGCUUCAGCCCGCUGACCUGCCGCAAGGAAGGACAUCUGAAGGUUUCCCAAGCCAGCAGGAAGCCAGGAUGAGGCCCAGAGCAAAGGAACUGGAAAAGAAAAUGCAAACUCCAAUGGAUAAUUCUGGGAAAAGACAGUAUUUACAUAAGAUGCAAAUGCUGGAAAUGAGCCGUAAAAGACAAGAGGGCCAAAUGGAAUUGAAGAAAAGUCUUCACAGGGAAGCAAAAAUUAAUAAGCAAACACAGAGAGACCAUCAAUCCCAAAAAACACUUCAAAGUUUCCCGAGGAAGGACGAUGAUGACGUGGUAACCAUGCUGCCUGACGGAAUCAUGAAGAGAGGUCCAGGAAAUUCACAGGAUGCAGAAUUUUUGGAAUAUCAAGCAAUCAAUGACUAUUGUCCCUGGAAAAUGGGCAAAAUGGAAAAGUGGUUUCAUGAACAAGAGGCCCGUGGACAGCUCCUGUGGGACAGUUCUAGCUCUGACUCAGAAGAACUGGGCAGAGAUGAGAAAAAACCUCAGCCACUCAUGAGGACCAGGCCAGAGAGAAUCUCACUCUUUGAUGAGUUUUUUGAUCAGGAAUAAGUAGGCUACGCACUAACCUACAUGGCUGAUUCGACAAUGAAGAAAGGGAACUUUUUCAAAAUCUCUUGGAACCUGUACCUCUAAAAGGACAGGCGAGACUGGACACUGCUACGGUGCAGAGAAGCUAUACCUAUAUGCAGAAUAAGAUGCCACAGCUCAGAAUAUUCUCAAAACUCUCAUCAGAUUGUGUUCACCGCAAAGACAGUCAUGUGCUCUGUUUGCUUGCUCCACGCUGAACUCUUCUUCACUCAAUUCUAAGUUCAAGAAUUUGAAACUGUUAGUAAUGAUCAUAAUAACUGCCAACACACAUGGAUCUUGCGUGUGUGCCAGGUACUCUGUGAAUGCUUUACACAUGCAAUCUUCACAUCACUUUGUGUGCCAAUAUUAACAACAUCCGCGUCUUAGAGAUGAGGAAUCAGAGGCACAGAGAAGUCCAGUAACUUCCCACAGUCACCCAGCAGAGCUUUCCUUUGGGCCAAGACCACUGUAUACCAAGAGAGACUCGCCAGAAGCUGGGCUCUUCUCUCUUACCCAACUUGAUUUCUAACUCAUCGGCUUCAAUCUAUGGAAUGCCACAUUUCCAUUACAUGACAUGUUUGGGGGAUUUGGGGUGUUCUAAAGGUGGAAUAGGACACUAGAAGAGUCUGUUGGAUCAUUUUUUGAAAGGAGAAACAGCUUACCCGGUAGCUGGGCUAUGAGCAAAGGGAAGGCUAAAGGCACCAGAGAAGGCAGAUACUAUCAGAAAACUCCAGAGAGCACCGAGCAGACACAGUAGCAAGCACUCCGGGAGAGCGGUGCUCAGCACUGGCCAUGGGUCAGAGUUACCUACUGAAUGAUCAAAAACUCACAGUCAAGAUUGCUGGGCCCAGCUUUUGCUUUUGGUUGGUGGCCUGAGCAGUCUGGGUGUUUAUUUUAGGCUUUCAUGUGCAUCUAAGGUUGAACCCAUAAGAUUGAAUCUCAGUGUGAAAAAUCACUAUUUUUGCAGUACAAAAAUUGUUUAUUUUACCAAAAUGUAUCAACUUCUAUUGAUAAGCAACUUCUGAGGUAAUUUUUCAUAUUAAAUGUAUGAGACUUAGAAUGCCACACAAUAGUGGAGAUAUGCUCAUUUUGCUAGUGAUCGUCUGUGAACACAAUUCUUAUAAUCUUGGAUUUGUUCUUGCAAUGUUCAGACAUGAUAAACACAGCUGCUGAUGAUAAGAACUGUAAGAUUCAGCCUGGAGGCAAAGUUGUCAGUUUUCUUCCACUGAAAAUCUCUCCAACUUUGGAAAGAAAAAGGGCUUGUGUGUGAUCAAAUGUGUACUUUCUCUUAUGAACACAAUAUUCUCCUUCCUGCUCUGAAUUUUUUGCAAGAAAAAUAAUUUUUUAUUGCAUAUCUUUGGAAAAUACCUUUCUCUCAAUUGUUUCUUUGAAAAUAAAACAGGACUAUUUUUCCUCAACACUUUAUGUUAAUAACUGAGUUAGUGAUUAGCAAAAGAGAGCUUUUCUGGAGGUUGCCUAUGACAUAGCCGUGUAAGCAGAUGGAAAUGUUUGCUGCUGGAAAGAACCUUUAAAAGUAGAGGGUGGAAAGCUAGCCCUUUGGCUGCACCCCUUCCUGUGGCAGAAGCACUGGGCAUCAAACUAUCAUCAGCACUCUUUCCUCCCUUGCAUGCACACAGGAGCCUCUACCCACACAGCACUGGGAAGCUCACUGGUCAGCAUGCAGUCUGAAUACACUAAGGAGUGGAUACCACUCUGAAUGACAACUCAUGCUUAAACAAAUACCGCUCAAGCAAAGGAUAACCAGAGACACACUGACAGCUAAUAGCUAUGAUGUGUUUUUACAUGUAUCCUUUGUAAUAAGUCUGAAAUCUAUUCCCUCUUUAUUCACUGAAUCAUGCAUUCAAGAAAUGGGUUCUGAGUACUUACAACAGGUCAAGCAGAGGGCAGAGAUUCCUCUGUAAACAAGACACAAUCUUUCUGGGUUGUCUUCCAGUGAGGAAACCAUGAGCACACACUGGAGUAUACGGUCUAAUUCCAUGUGAUUGGAAACAGUAAGAAAAAAAAAUAAAUCAGGUACAAGAACAGGCCAGGACAUGUUAGGGCUUGUAUCUAGAUGCCCCCCCAAAGCCUUGUAUGGUCAUAGGUGUGGGGCUUUUGGGGGGUGGCUGAAUCUAGAGUGUGUGAUGCAGAGAUAGGGUGUGUGACUACUAAGCCAGCCCUCUGACUGGUUUGGCACUGCCCUAAGCCUGGUAGUCUGGGUACAAUAGAAGGGACAGAAAGAAGCUUGUCUUAUCCACUGCUUGUUGCUUUU